AUGGCCGGUGGCGUGACAGUUAAAGACGUUAAUCCUCAUGAAUUUGUGAAAGCUUAUGCAGAACAUUUGAAAAAAGCUGGUAAAUUAGAAAUACCAAAAUGGAUUGACAUUGUAAAGACGGGUCCGUUUAAGGAGCUAGCACCUUAUGAUCCAGAUUGGUUUUAUUUAAGAGCGGCGGCUGUUGCUCGACACAUCUAUCUUCGUAGUGGAGUUGGAGUUGGCGCAUUGAGAAAACUUCAUGGUGGCCGUAAACGAAGAGGUACACGUCCAUCGCAUCAUGCUAAAUCAUCUGGAUCAAUUGCUCGAAAGGUUCUCCAAGCCCUGGAAAAAAUUAAUGUCCUGGAAAAAGAUAAUGGACAACGUGAUCUUGAUAGUAUUGCUCGAGCAUGUCUCAAAGAUUCAGCAUAA